AUGUAUUGCUCAUCAGGUACUGAUCGAGUGUCGACUCGAAUGCUCUCGUACGAAAUGCGAAACUUCAAGGUAUAUUUUGCUGGUCAACAUAUACCCGAUGCGCGAUGGUCAGACUUCAUAGAUCUAGGUCAAGGAUAUGGUAAAGAUAGUAAUCAUGUGUUUUUCAUGGGACAAAUCAUGGAGAAUGUCAACCCGUUCUCCUUUCAAGUUAUGGACAAUAGUUAUGCAAAAGAUCAUCAAUAUGUCUUCCAACAUGGACGAAUUGUUGCAAAUCUUCAAUCUCAAAAUACUCAAGUAUCACUCAAUCGUAGUGAAGCAUGCGCAAUGCCUAUACAGCCGGUAACUUCCAUGAACUCAAUGUAUACGCCAGAUGUCGCUUCAAAUAUGUUGUCGUACGAAAUAAAGGAUUUCAAAGUGUUUUUCAAUACCCAAUAUGUCACCGAUGCUCGAUGGAUUGAUUUUACGGACUUAGGACAAGGCUAUGGGAAAGACAGUCGUCACGUAUUCUACAUGGGUCAACUCAUGCAAAAUGCGCAUUCAUUUUCAUUUGAAGUACUCAAGAAGGGUUACGCCAAGGACAAAAAUUUUGUCUUCCACAACGGUCGAAUCGCCGAAGGAUUAUCACCAAUUGCUUUCAACAACUGA